GAUUAAGCUAUCCAGGGAUCCCUAGUUUUUGUUUAUUAACUCCUGUCCCCAUUAUUUUGAAUUUCCACAUUUAUUGCUGAAACAAAUAUUUUCUGUGUUAUAUCCUUUCUCGUUGAUUAUAACUUGUAUCUGCCUGAACUGGAGCUUAUGCUGUAGACAUUUCUUUGUGGAAUUCAUCUAAAAACCUGAGUUCAUAGGUCUCCUGAUUCUAGCCACAGACCCUACAGCCUCUCGGAUUAAUGUAACAGUGUGAGCAGAAGUCACUACUGUGACCACAUUCACUGGGGAGAGAAUGUAGUGAGGAGAGGGCAGAGACUAAGGGAGAAGACACCAUAGGUGUUUUGUUCCCCUAGUUGAAUUCUUCAGAGGAAGAGCGAAAGAGCCUUCUAGUUUUCGAACUCUUGAGGCGUGACUGUUUCAAUUUAUCUCUUGCUUACCAGGAAAAGAAUAUUUGAGGACCAUUUGUAAAGAAAGAAAAGGAAGCAAUGACAUAAUGCCUGGUGGUGGAGCCAGUUAACUGGUAAACAUUGGAGUCUUCAGAAAAUAAGUGAAGGAAUGAGAGGCAAGGAAGAAAGUGUAUUCAUCCUGGAAGGACCUAAAACACUUUGAAACUUUAAACGAAUGUAAUGAUAGCUGUCAAAACCACCUUUGUCACCGUAAUGGAUGAAGUACUUCAGAUUUAACCGAUCACACUUACAAGAGCUGCUAUGAUACCUAGGGGAGGUGAAAACUGAUGGAUGAAAGUUUUGCCAUGCACUGAAAGGAAAGCAUUGUCUGUGAAGGUCCUUUUUUAAAAAUGUCUGCUUGUAACACCUUUACUGAACACGUUUGGAAACCUGGUGAAUGCAAGAACUGCUUUAAACCUAAAAGCUUGCACCAGCUUCCCCCAGACCCUGAGAAGGCACCCGUCACCCAUGGCAAUGUGAAAACUAAUGCCAAUCACAGUAAUAACCACCGCAUGAGGAACACUGCAAAUUUCCGUCCUCCUGUGGCUAAAAAACCCACUAUAGCUGUGAAGCCCACUAUGAUGGUAGCAGAUGGGCAAAGUGUAUGUGGUGAACUUACUAUCCAAGAACACUGUGAGAAACCUGUCAUCAUAGGAUGGAACCGAAACAGGACGGCCUUGAAUCAGAAACCACUUAAUAAUAAUAAUGAAGAUGACAUUGAAGGAUUUAGCCAUGCUCCUAAGCCUUAUGGCAAUAAUGAUAGUGCAAAGAAGAUAUCGAAUAACAAUAAUGGGCUAACUGAUGUGUUAAAGGAGAUAGCAGGCUUGGAUGCCGCCGCUCAGAUAAGAGGGAAUGAAACAAACUCCAGAGAGACCUUCUUAGGAAGAAUAAAUGAUUGCUAUAAAAGAUCAUUGGAAAGAAAGCUUCCCCCCAGCUGCAUGAUGGGCGGGAUAAAGGACACUCCAGGCAAGCACGUGAUUCUGAGCGGGAGCACAGAAGUGAUCAGUAAUGAAGGGGGCCGGUUCUGUUACCCCGAGUUUUCUAGCGGCGAGGAAAGUGAAGAAGAUGUACUGUUCAGUAACAUGGAGGAGGAGCAUGAGAGCUGGGAUGAGAGCGAUGAAGAGCUGUUGGCCAUGGAGAUUCGCAUGAGAGGGCAGCCCCGCUUUGCUAACUUCAGGGCAAAUACUUUGUCUCCUGUUCGGUUCUUUGUGGACAAAAAAUGGAAUACGGUCCCACUGCGAAAUAAGUCUCUGCAGAGAAUCUGUGCCGUCGACUAUGACGACAGCUACGAUGAAAUCCUGAAUGGCUAUGAAGAGAACUCUGUGGCCUCCUAUGGGCCGGGAAGCAUUCAGAGCAUGGUGUCCUCUGACUCUACGUCGCCAGGUUCUUCUCUAACAGAAGAAUCACGCUCUGAGACAGCCAGUAGCUCUUGCCAGAAGGUCUGUAACGGAGGAGUACCUCCUGCUAACCCAGGAGAUCCUAAGGACAUGAAGGAAGGGGAGCCCAGCUGUGAAAGUCUGUCUAGUGAUCAUCAGGAGAAGGAGUCCUCACAAGCCCCCAAAGGCUCAGUCAAAGCUCCAGAAACACACAAAGCAGUCCUCGCUCUCCGAUUGGAAGAGAAGGAUGGCAAGAUCGCUGUACAGACUGAGAAGCAAGAAAGUAAAGCCUCUACGGACAUCGCUGGGCAAGCAGUGACCAUAAACCUUGUCCCCGUGGAAGAGCAAGCAAAGCCUUACCGAGUGGUGAAUCUGGAGCAGCCGCUGUGCAAGCCGUAUACUAUCGUGGACGUGUCGGCGGCCAUGGCCAGUGAGCACCUGGAGGGGCCUGUUAACAACCCCAAGACGAAAAUCUCCUCUUCUACUCCAAACUCUCCGGUGACCUCGCCUGCGCUGGCAUCAGGACAAACGGGCGCCCAUUUCCCCAGCUCCAGUGCCAUCCGGUACCAGGAGGUGUGGACUUCCAGCACCAGCCCGCGCCAGAAGAUCCCCAGGGUGGAGCUGGUCGGCAGCGGGACCGGGCCCAACGUCCCUCCCAGGAAAAGCUGCCACAAAUCAGCACCUACUUCACCAACAACUACCAACGUCUCCUCGAAAACGAUCCCUGUUAAGUCGCCCAAUUUGUCGGAAAUAAAAUUCAAUAGUUACAACAAUGCCGGCAUGCCGCCCUUCCCGAUUAUCAUCCAUGACGAGCCCACUUAUGCUCGGAGUUCCAAAAACGCCAUCAAAGUUCCCAUUGUCAUCAAUCCCAACGCGUAUGAUAACCUAGCCAUUUACAAAAGUUUUCUUGGGACAAGCGGAGAGCUGUCGGUGAAGGAAAAGACCACAAGUAUAAUAAGCCAUACGUACGAAGAGAUAGAAACGGACGGCAAAGCGUCCGGUAGCAGCGCCGUCAGACCCCCCGAAUGUCCCCAAGCCAAGGGGUCCUCAAGCAGCACAGAGCGCAAGAGGGGCUCGGUGGCUCAGAAGGUUCAGGAGCUGAACAGCUGUCUUGGCCGAGGUCCGUCCCCGCCGCAGAGGGGCUCGGGCUCCGGCCACAGCUCCCCCGCCACCGCGCAGAGGACGGCUGCCGAGCCCGGGGCCGCGGCCGAGGGCGCCCAGGGGCGGGAGGCGCCAGGCCCAGGCGGCCCCAGGGAGCCCAGGGACCAGGCCGGCGCCGCGCUGUCGCGGAUCGUGGCUUCCGUGCAGCCGCCGCAGGCCCCUCCGGAGGGGCGCCCCCCUGGCCCCGAGCUGCAGGCCGCUCCGCCCGACGCCGAGGCCGCGACCCCGGCCCGACCCCGGUCUCUGCUUGCGGCCCAGGCCGCGGGCGAGGCCACCGACGGCCCCCGACCCCGCGGCCGCAGGGAGCCGCCGGCGAAGCCGGGCCCCGGGCCCCUGCCCAGGCUGCUGGCCCAGGCCCGCGGGGAGCAGGGCCGCCGCCCCAGCCCCCCCCCGCAGCAGCAGCCGGGCAGCCUCCUGCACCGGCGCCCGGGGCCGCGGGCCGGGCCGGCCAGCCCGACGAGGGCCGCGGACGCCGAGGUGGCCCUGCUCCCCGACGCCGGCCGCCGGGCCCCGGACGCCAGGCCCAAGCGCUGGAUAUCGUUCAAGAGCUUCUUCCGCCGCCGGAAGGCAGAGGAGGAGGAGGCCAGGGACAAGGGCCGGGAGCAGGGCCGGCUGCUGGGCCUGGACGGCACAGUCAUCCACAUGCUGCCGCCGCCCCCCGUGCAGCGCCACCACUGGUUCGCCGAGGCCCCGGGCGGGUCCCGGGACAGGCCGGCCCUGGUCUUCACGUACAGGUGCGACCCUGCCCACGGCCAGCCCGGCGCGCACCAGCCGGCCCGAGCCGAGCCCCCCGGGCCCGAGAGCCGGGGCCGCUCCUCCCCACCCCGGCCGCCGAGGCCGGCUCCCAGUCACAAGACCCAUGAAGUGACAGAAGAUCUUUCUCCUCGGGAUUCAAGAUCUGUUGCUGUGAAGCAAGAUGACGGAGGCUGCACUUCUAUCACAGCAGCAUCGCCCCCACCUGAACUGGAAAGAGAAGAGGAAAAAGAAGAUGUUUCAGAUACUGUCGACCUGAAUCCCUGUAGUGCAACCUAUAGCAAUUUAGGGCAAUCUAGAGCAGCCAUGAUACCACCCAAGCAUCCACGGCAGCCUAAGGGAACUUUGGAUGAUGCCAUUGUCUUUAAUGGGAAAACAGACCAAGAAGCACCUAAUGCGUCCCAACCUACGCCACCCCCACUGCCAAAGAAAAUGAUCAUAAGAGCCAAUACAGAACCAAUCCCCAAAGACCUCCAAAAAUCCAUGGAAACGAGUCUUUGUGUAAUGGCUAAUCCCACCUAUGAUAUCGACCCCAACUGGGAUGCCAGUAGUGCUGGCUCUUCCAUCAGUUAUGAACUCAAAGGACUGGACAUUGAGUCUUAUGACUCCUUGGAAAGACCUCUACACAAGGAGAGACCUGUUCCCUCAGCAGCAAACAGUAUCUCCAGCUUAACCACUCUCAGUAUUAAGGAUAGAUUUUCCAACAGUAUGGAGUCCCUGCCCAGCCGGCGUGGUCCCUCUUGCAGACAGGGCCGAGGCUUGCAGAAGCCACAGAGACAAGCACUUUAUCGAGGACUUGAGAAUCGGGAAGAAGUAAUGGGUAAAAUCCGAAGCCUUCAUACAGAUGCCUUGAAGAAACUGGCUAUAAAAUGUGAAGACCUCUUCAUGGCUGGACAGAAAGACCAGCUCCGUUUUGGGGUGGACAGCUGGUCAGACUUCAGGCUAACCAGUGACAAGCCAUGUUGUGAGGCAGGUGAUGCAGUUUACUACACGGCUUCAUAUGCAAAAGAUCCACUUAAUAACUAUGCAGUCAAGAUCUGUAAGAGCAAAGCUAAAGAAUCUCAGCAGUAUUAUCACAGCUUGGCUGUCCGGCAGAGUCUGGCUGUCCAUUUUAACAUCCAACAGGACUGCGGCCAUUUCCUUGCUGAAGUCCCUAAUCGUCUGCUUCCCUGGGAGGAUCCUGAUUCCCCAGAAGAGGAAGAGGAUGAGAUGGAGGAGGCUGAAGAAGGGGUAAAAGGAGAAACUGAUGGGAAAAGCCUGGAGCCCUGCUCUGAAACAGAGUCAUCCCAGAAGGAAAGCCAGGGCGUCACUAGCAGGAAGCAGAGAAGCCACGUUGUGGUCAUCACCAGAGAGGUUCCCUAUCUCACCAUGGCCGAUUUCGUGCGAGACUCUCUGGUCCAGCAUGGGAAAAGCCCUGACCUGUAUGAGAGGCAGGUGUGUCUGCUGCUCUUGCAGCUGUGCUCUGGCCUCGAGCACCUCAAACCCUACCACGUCACUCACUGCGACCUUCGUCUGGAGAACCUGCUGCUGGUCCACUACCAGCCAGGGGGGACCACCCAGGGCCUUGGGCCUGCAGAGGCCAGCCCCACCUCCUCUUGUCCCACAAGGCUCAUAGUAAGCAACUUCUCUCAGGCCAAGCAGAAGAGCCAUCUGGUGGACCCCGAGAUCCUCCGUGACCAGUCCCGCCUCGCUCCAGAGAUCAUAACAGCCACUCAGUAUAAAAAGUGUGAUGAGUUCCAGACGGGCAUCCUCAUCUAUGAGAUGCUGCACCUGCCCAACCCCUUUGAUGAGAACCCGGAGCUGAAGGAGAAGGAGUACACCCGGGCAGACCUGCCCCGCAUCCCGCUCCGCUCCCCCUAUUCCCGGGGCCUGCAGCAGCUGGCCAGCUGCCUCCUCAAUCCCAACCCUUCUGAGCGGAUCCUCAUUUCAGAUGCCAAAGGCAUCCUGCAGUGUCUGCUCUGGGGCCCCCGGGAAGAUUUCUUCCAGACUCUCACCAUCUCUCCCAGCCCAGCGCAGAGGAGCGCCCUCCUCCAAAACUGGCUGGACAUCAAGCGAACACUGCUGAUGAUCAAGUUUGCCGAGAAGUCCCUGGACAGGGAGGGCGGGGUCAGCCUUGAGGACUGGCUUUGUGCGCAGUAUUUGGCCUUUGCCACUCCAGACUCCCUCGGCUGUAUUGUGAAGACCCUGCAACACCGCUAGUGUGUCCUGGUUGCUGCUUUUCUUUCAUUUCCACCUUCAAGUCGCCUGUGUGCUCCCCCUCCCCAGUGCUCACACGGAAGUCACGGAAAGAAGAGAGACCAGCCUUCCAUCCCUGACCAGGAAAAACGAGUCUCCUCUGAAGACUUACCCAUAGCUCCACGUCGGUGAGAAGCUGGGUCUGUCUUCACUCUCCGGCCAUGCAGCUGCCUUCCACUGGAGCAGCGUUCACCCUAAGCGUCCCCAAAUGCAGGUAGAAAAUGAAAAUGUCCAUCCUGGAAGCGACGGCCCUUUUGGUGUGAACUCAGCUGUGUCCAGCUCGCCCAGAAUUCUGAAUAUCACCUGUCUUUUUAACACCACGUAUUUAUGCUCCGUAGCAGUAGGCAGAUUUGAGCAGUCCUUUCCAUUAUCCGCUAAGCUCCCACUACAGUUUUUUUUCUUUAACGUGUCAGUAACCGACUCUCUUGCCAGCCAGAGCUGCCAUCCCGAGCAUCGGCCCGGUUUUGUUCCUGGGAACCGUGUCCUUUGCCCCAGCAGGUAGUCAAAAGGCAGGGAGGGAUUCCGUCCCUUGGGUCACAGCGCGUGUUCGUUUGUUCUCGGUGGGUGGGAGCGCGCAGGCAGGAUGGCCCAACGCCCCCACCCCCCGCGGCCCCUGCCUGCUCUCCCUCCGCCUCGCUCUGCCCCCACUUGCCAAGGGAGCGGGUGUGGCGGCCGCCGCGGCCCAGGACGGGACUGACCCAAGGUGGUGGCACCAGUUCCUCCAUGGGGCAGAGCUCACAGUGGCCGCAGCUGGUGGGGGGGGGUGGGGGGCAGGCGGGGACACCAGGGAGGGUUGCCGCGCUGGCUCUGGCCGCAUCCGAGCUGUCGGCGUGGACAGCCGGGCAGCGGGCCGGGGCCCUGGAGGCGGGGGGGGGGGGGGGAUCCCGUGUGCAAUCUGUGUGUGCACUCGAGCCGCGCAGUGGUGUUGGUGUCGCGCCCCCGGCCCGCGAUGUGCAGAAGCCUCCGUCGCCCCUCGGCCACGCGGCCUAGGAGACCCCGAGGCGACCGUGCACUUGUUCUAUUCAAAACUGUGAGUGCCUGUUGACUUCGCCUCGGGACCCCAAGGGCAGCCCGCGGGCGGCCUGCACCCCCAGGGAGGCCGGGGCCCCAGGGCGGCGUGCGUCGGGCCCACGAGGGGCUCCAGGACCCCUGCCACCGGCACGCGGCUUCUCAGAGCCCAGGCCGGUGUGAGUAUUACUUAGGGAGCACAUUCGUGGCCUUCUGGAAAUUUCUAAACUUUUAACAUUUUUAACAGCCUUUUUCCUAUGAUUCACCUAAUCAAAGAGGAUCGAGAAAGGAGAAGAAUGUAUUUUUUUGUGAUCUUCUUUGGUUUUGGGGGGCGGGUUGUUUUGUUUUUGUUUUAAGAGAACGGGCCUCGUGCGGCUCCCGGGGGUGGGGGGAGCUGCCCUCCCGGCCAGCAGCGCCGGGCCCCAGGGAAAGGCUCGGUGGCCCCAAGGGCGUCCGCCUCCACCGGGCCGGGCUCUGCCCCCAGGACGCCCCAGAGGCCGCUGCAGGCCAGCGGUCCCCCGGGCCCGGCCUGGCCGCUGGGCAGGGUCACCUCGGUCACCUCGGCGUCCCCGUGCGCACGAGUGCCCGCCCCGUUGUACACUGAGGCAGCAGCACGCAGACCACUGACCGCGCCGGCCCGGCCCCGGACGGCCCGCACGCUGGGACGCCUUCUCGGUGUCAUUCUCGUGGUGCCUUGCCCGUGUGAAUUGGAACAUCGACUUCAACGAGGUCUCCUACUUAAUGAAGAAUGUUCCCUGGUCCCUCCGUUUGUUCCCAGGUAUCCUUUUCCUCCUCCUCUUUUUUUUUUCCCCCUCCGUUGGACUCGGAUCCAGUCCUCCUCUCGUGACCCCCGUGGUAGUCCGGGCACGACUCCCCACUGCGCGGCCCCGGCGCCCGCAGGCAGCACCUCGUUCACCCGGGGUCGUUCAGUACCGUUUCCACAUCACGAUUUGUUGAGGGCAAAAGAUGAAUAUGGCCCUAGGCCGAGAGGGGCCGCGGGCUUCCCGGGCGGGCGGCGAGGCUACCUGCUCUCCCAGGGACGGCUGAGAACGUUACGAGGUAGAGGGGAAAGGGGUCACGGGUUAGGGCGGAGCAGACAGCAUACCUGUUCCUGGGCAGGAGGCAGAGCACCAGGUGGUCCCCGGAACGUUCUUCCAGGACGAUGAGACUCAGCCGGACAUUAUCGCGACUAUUUUCUUGCCGCCCCACGUUACAGUAGGGACGUUGAAUCCGCUCCUCCACCAGACAGAAGCCCUGCCUGGAGACAGCGCGGUGUGCGCGGGGGAGUCUGGCGUCGUGACCAUAGAGCACUUUAAGUUUUCUCAGGUAACGUCAAGUUACCGUCUUCGAUAUUACUUGGAAAUUUCUUUCUUUUCCGUUGAAGUCUGUCCUACAGAUGCUUCCAUUUAUCAAGAGUUUGAACAAUUAAGCCACCUUUGGAACUUUACCUUAAGCCACGUGAGCAAGAACCAUCUCUCGGACACAUUUCGGUGCUAGAGAAACAGGGAGGCGGGUGGACAACCAAGACCGAGACUGAAUGUACACGCAGCAGAGUGCCUUGUCCGCGCGGCAGCCAGCCCGCGAAGGCGGAGAUCGACGCCCCGACGAGGCCUAGGACUUCGGGAUCCUGCCACGCCGGCCCGAGGGAGAGCGCCUUGGUGCGCCUCCCCGAGGAGGUGCUCGGACGCUGGCUCGUGAGGAUCAACUGCAGGGUGGGGGACGUGGUUAAACCUGUGGGCCCGUAGGAGAAUCGUGAGCCAACCACGAAUGAGGCCGCCCAGCCCCUGGCCUGAGGCAGGCCCGGAGGGCAGGAGGGCAGGAGGGCAGCAGUGGGUGUCAGGGUUUGCCCUCUGGGGGUGAGCUGGGUGAGGAGCGGAGGGCAGGAGCACCCACUCUGCCAACGCGGGUGACCGUGAAGCGCGCCCCUGAGGACUCCACGAGCCUGGGUAGCCUUUCGUCAUCUAGUGGGGCCGGUUUAGCUCCCAGACUCAGAAGAAGCUUGUUAACGUGGACAAGUUGUAAGCCAAGAGAUCUAAACCCCUAGAAAUAUCAGUGAUAUUUCUGGGAGUAAAACUGUCUAUUUUAAAGUUUCUAGUAUUGCAGAUUGAAAGAUCUUUGAGGCCUCCUAGAUGGUAAGGCACGGAAUGAUUGCACUCAGCUUCCCAAAUUUGAAUUUAAAAUGCUUCAAUGCUGGGAAGUGACUCGACUUGAUUUUGCUGGUAACCUGCAAAUAAGACUUUUCCCUAAAUUAUACUGGCAGCGAUCUGAAAAAAAGUACAGACUAGUCCCAGAAGUCAGGACGUACUUAGGAUACGGCACUAUAAUUCCAAAUGAUUCUAGAUGUAUGAAUAAAGUAUGAACAUCCUUGAGGAUGACGGAGAGAGGGACUUGGCUCCCCAGGCCAACUCUGACGUGUUUCUUAUCUCCCUCACUGGUGGAUAAGGAUCGAAAAUUCUGGUCCAGCCUAAUGAGUGAACGGGACGGCUGCCCACGAACCGGGUUAUUAGUUUUACCUCAUUGGAGCUCAUAUUCUCAAAGGCCCAAAGUGCUGUGCCGAGACGAAUCCGGGCGCUGCUCCCGCUGACGUGCGCGCUGACGCCCAGCUGCCCGCGCUUGCGGCGGGGCCGAGGCCAGGGAUUCCGUGGACCAAAAGAGAUGCCAGAAGGGAAGCCAGAGGAGCUGCGGUGCAAGACCCUAGAUAGAGAUUAUACCAAAGAGAUCCAGCCUUUCUGUCCUGAUGCUUCAAAGGUGAUGAGGUUGGGUGACGACAGUUGCCGUAGACGGAGAGCUCACAUACAUUCCGUGUCAAGGGAUCUGGCUGAUAAAAUGAUCCAUCCUCCAACAAAAGCACCUUUAAAAAAAAAAUAAGUCCAUUUCGUAUAUUAGGGAAAAAGAGAAAGAAGAUGAUGGUGAUGGUGAUGAUGAAAGCUGCGGGCAGAUUGUAAGGUGCCCCAGGAUUUAAGGAGAAGGAACCAGUCGCUCUCCCCAUGACAUGACCGUGGCUGUUGCCCUGACUUCAGCCCGGGGACGUCAUACCCAUGGGAUUCUGACAGCUGGGCAACUUUUUCUAAGACGUGUGGCAGUUUCGACAGGUUUGUUUAAAGAACUCCUGGGAGAUUUCUUAAAUCCUAGUCCUCUUUAUGCAGCUUCCUACGGAGGUGGUCACCGCUCGUCAUCAUCACCCCUACCUGUAAGGCCCCUGAUGCACAAGGUGCUAUACAGCUGUCAGCCGCCCCCGCGGCAGCUGUGGACGUUAGAGUAGGUUUUGCAUCAGCCACUGCGAGAAGCUUCCCCGCUUGGGGUGCGGGGCCUGCGUGCCCACCUCCCCUCACUCGCCUCUCCCUCCAGGAGCCUCUGGGCUUAUUCCAGCUUCUCACCUUUACCCAUCCCACUCACCCCCGUGCUUUUUUUUUAAUUAAGAAAGUUUCAGGGAAUCAAAAGAGGUCGGAAAUUUUUUAAUCUAGCAGAAGUAUAGAGUCAUAUAUUUUGCUACAAUUAUUAUUAUAAUAUGGAGAAUCCACUUUGCCCGUGUAGUGCGUGGAGAGUGUGUGUGUGUCUGCGCUCAUGAUAAUUUGAAUGUUGAACAGCCCUGUGGCUUCAGAGUAGCAUUUUGAAGGAUAAACCACACCGCUUCAGGAAACCUGCCCCGAGUACCACACAUCCCUUCCCUUACCGGUUUUUAAAGAGCUGAACACCCGGGGCUGGGGCUCUAGGCGACACAUGCAGGCCUGAGAUCGGCGCAGGGACACGUCGUCCUUCGCACGUUUGGCUCACGGCCGCCCUCACCCCGUCCCUCCCUCGUCCCCACGGCUCUGCUCACUCCGUAUUUGAACAAAUGUGUUUCCCUUGCUCUUUCCUGGAGCUUCAAGCCUCUACACACCUUAGAGUUGUGUAAACCCGCCAGGUAAGGUCCCCUCCGUCACAGGUGGUGCCGCCCUUGGUUUGCUGUGGUACUUUGCUGUGUUCUCUGUGGCAUCAUGUUACUGUGUAAAUAAAUUUGUUUUAAUAUACACUAAA